AUUGCCAUGAGCCCAUGAUUAGCUUGUAGCAGUUGAUCGCUAUCCCCCGAAAGAAUUUUGACAUGCCAUGCGUCUGUUGCUACAUCAUCCAAUCAAUGUUCCAAAUCGUGUAGACUUUAUCAGUGCUAGGUUACUACUCGUUUAGAUUUUACAUUGUUGGAUGUUAUCAGAGGUUAGGAUUUUGGUAUAGUAGUUGUUAAAACUUACAACUCUGAAUUUUGCUGACCACUUAGCUAGAUCAUGUGCUUUAAAGGAUUCCAAUUUGGCUAACACAUCUACUUUAUUGGGUAGUGGCGCUUAAAACAAUAAGUGCAGAGAUUUCAAAGUUUCUUCCGAGAAGGUAUUCUAACCGAGUAACCGAUAGUAAUCUUCACUGCAAAUAGCUAUUUUGGUCAAGCAGUAUAAAUGGAGAGCUUGUAUGUUGUAUUUAUUUUACAUGCUUGAUGUUUCUUAUGUUUCGAAAAUGUCAAGAUGAUAUUUGUAAUGUGUUGCAUUUCAUUCAGUAGAAUAGGAUGAUUGUUGUGCUGGAUAAGGCCAGUCCCAACGCAGAACGGUUCUGCCGUAUCUUAAUUUUUGCCACGCCAGGUAGAUACACAACCUUCUCAACUGCUGUAUCUUAUGGUGGGUCCAGUCAUUAAAUGUCUUUAUUGUUUUCCUCUUUCUCUAUUGCCUUGGGGAAGAGCACCUUGGUGAAAUUGGUUCAGCCAAUGGUCAGCGCCGCAGCGGAUAGGUUGAGGAAUGCUUUUCAUUGGAAUCAGGAAAUAAGCGUCAUAUCGUCAUUUAGCUACGAUUUAGCCUUCUUAAUUCUUCUUCCAUGCCGAUUUCUAUCCUAUAUGGCAAAAUCAGAUACGGUCCAUGUAUAAGCGUUGCGAAGACAGACGCUUUUCCUGUCUCUGUCUGUUUGAGCUCUGUCAAUUUUUCCAUAGAGCUGCACAGAGGAAGAUAAAAUUGCUUGGUCAGUCCCUUUAUUACUUGCUAACAACUGGAUCAGGCCAGCAAACACUAGGAGAAGAAUAUUGUGAUAUAUCUCAGGUUGCAACCUCACAUGGACUUCCACCCACACCUGCGAGGCGGAUCCUUUUCAUUUUGUACCAAACUACUGUGCCCUAUCUUGCUGAAAGAAUAAGUUCGAGAAUGGUCUCCCGUGGUAUUUACCUUGAUGACUCUCAGCUUGAUUAUCAUCAUGAAAUUGAUAAUUCUAGUAGAGGCAUUGCACAAACCUCUACAAACACGAGUGACUUUUCCAGAAUUAUGACUUCUUCUAGUCUCUCGAGGUUGAGAAGCAGAGCUCAUGCCUUUUGGCUAUGGGUAGUUCAGAAAUGGCCUUCGAUGCUGCCGCUUGCUCAAGAUUUUAUACAGUUGGCUAUGCGGACAAAUCUGAUGUUCUUCUAUUUUGAAGGAUUAUAUUAUCAUUUAUCAAAGCGAGGAGCAGGUAUUCAUUAUGUUUUCAUUGGUAAGCCAAUGAAUCAAAGGCCCAGGUAUCAAAUAUUGGGUAUUUUUUUGUUAAUUCAGCUGUGUAUUCUUGGUGCUGAAAGACUCCGAAGAAGUAACUUAUCAUCAAUAGCUACUUCCAUUAAUCAAAUUUCAUCCGGAAGCUAUCCUUCAUCUACAGGUCGGAGUGUACCUGUUCUAAAUGAAGAUGGAAAUAUCAUCAGUGACAUCCGCCAUGGGAAAGCUGUUGAUUUGGCUUCUGGCUCAGAGGCGCCCAGUAGCAAGAGCAAAUGCACUCUCUGUCUCAGUACCCGGCAGAAUCCUACUGCGACAACCUGCGGACAUGUUUUCUGCUGGAAUUGCAUAAUGGAAUGGUGCAAUGAGAAGCCUGAGUGCCCCCUAUGCAGAACUCCUAUUACUCAUUCAAGUUUGAUCUGUAUAUAUCAUUCGGAUUUCUAGCAGAUCAUUUCUGACAGUACCAAGGGAUCAUAUUUUCCCCUCCUCUCUCCAUGCCUUCAUCAAGACAAAUAUAUCCAAUACUGUAGUAUGGCAAGAACUCAGCCUCUGCUGAAAUGUUUUUAGUAUACCAAAACAGGAAGAAGAAUAGAACUGUAGAAGGCCAUUGGAUAAAGUUGUAGACAGUAGACUCCAGCUAAAUAUUUCCAGCUGCAGAGAUUAUCAAGUAGCACCAAGGACCAAACAGAAUAUGAAGAAAAGAGAAGUUGAAACGAGAAUAGAUACCCUUGUACAAGUAGGUUGUACAGUUGGGAAACAAGUGAAUUAUGUAGGGUAGAAAUGAAUUGCUAGGAUCAGAGAGCAAUUGAGCAAUCGGAUAUCCUGUUUUUGUUUUCUCUACACCUGUAUCAGGUCUUAUCUUUUGCCCGUAUGUUUGUACACCCUAGCCAUGUAUUCCUGCCACAGCUGCAUUGAACAUUUCAACGGCACUAUGAAGAUCCUGUUGUAUUAGUUUACUCGUUCGAGAUCAGUUGAUGUUUUUAAGUUGAGUGCACCA